AUGUUUUACACUCACCGCUGUGAAUUGAAGGAUCACGUGUCGAAGGAUUUGAUAUCGGUAAAAAAUAACAAUGCCUUGUGGAACUGGAUUACGAUCUACAGGAAGCACCCUAUGUGUCAAGAGCACCUCCUGAGUAAUGCCAGCAUCGUCAAAGACAUGAAACGUCACCGAUCGUCGGAGCGGUGGUGGAUCAUUCACCCCUACAGUAAACUCAAACUUCUUUGGGACGCAGUUAUGCUCAUCAUUUACGCCAUAUCGUUUGUUACCGUGCCGUUCUUUAUAUGCUUCGUCGUGCUGGAUUACGAGGAAGUCAAUAUGGAUAUGGCUAACGUUUACUUGUACUUUUUUCAUUGGGUAGAUAUUGUCUGUCAGUGUUUUACGGGUUACUACGACGAACAGAGCUCCACGGUUAUCUUGGAUCAUAAACUCAUAUUCAAAAGGUACCUGAAAAGCUAUUUGUUUCUCGACGUGUUCACGUCGUUGCCCUACGACUUGAUGACCUUGAGAUGGCGCAAGAAGCCGGGGGACGGUAGCUCGCUGAUCGUGGCAUUGAUCAACCUCAUACCCUUGUGCAAGCUUUUUCGUUAUUUCACCUUCACGUCACUGGUGAAGCAAGUUUUCAUGUAUUUCGACAGCCAAGGCAUCAUCUGUCAAUUGUGCUUGACGCUGAUCCUCUACACCUACAUAAUCCACUGGUUCACGUGCAUCUGCAGCGUCAUACCCUGCAUCGACAUGUUCGCCGAGGACAGACUUCACGGAGGGUCGGUAUAAUAUCAUACCUCCACCGACAGCUGGAUAGUCAGCAGAUCCGAGAUCACGGGAAUCUCGCGCCGUUACGAGCGGGCCGUCUUCAUCGUACUGGAGCAUUUCACCGCCAGCGGCUUCGGGGGCAUCGAGCCUCGGGUCGUCGGCCACAUUAUGGUCUGCACGUUGCUCAUGAUUCUUGGCCGAGUUUUCAAGAGUUACUUCAUAAUCGUGCUGCUGCAGAUCGUGGCCGACAAAUACUCCUCGGAAUCGAAGUACGAGCAGGUGCUCAAUCAGGUCGCGGCGUACUCGAGACAAAAACAACUGCCCACGUACAUGAAACGGAGGAUCAUGACCUAUUACCGAUAUCGCUUCAGGAACAGCUAUUUUCGAGAAGAGACUCUUCUUUCGCAUCUAUCUGAUUCGUUGCGACAAGAGGUCAUUCUGCACUCGUGUAAAAAGCUCGUGGAGAGCGUCGAGAUCUUUCACAAUCUGCCGAAAAACAUCCUCACCCUCGUGGUGACGCAUCUGAAGCGCGAACUCUAUCUCGCCAAGGACAUGAUCAUCAAAGCCGGCACCCAGGGCGACUGCAUGUUCUUCCUGUCGAGCGGCACGGUCGCGAUUCUCACGCCCACCGGCAAAGAGGUCUGCUUCCUCGAGGACGGGGCUCAUUUCGGCGAGGUGGCCCUGCUGGUGCAGGACCAGCGCCGAGUGGCCAGCGUCGUGGCCAUCGAGGUCUGCGAGGUGUAUCGGCUGGAUCGCAAGGACUUCCGCAAGUGCAUCGCGGUGCACAGCGAGCUGUUCGCCAAGAUCGAGCAGAUCGCCACCGAGCGCAUGCAGCGCACCCUGCUCAUCGAGGAGCAGUACAUACAUCGCAACAUGCCCCGGAAAUCCAGCUACGGCUUGUCCAAGAGGAUGAAGAUCGAGAAAUAA